AUGCCCACAGCAAUGAAAGCAGGCUUGGACGACAAAAUGACAGAUACUGGCAACUUGGACAGGAUAUUACCAGAAUGGGAGAAAAACUUAAAGGAUAUAAAAAUACCUGCUUGUUUCAACAAGAUGCCCCAAGAGACUGGGAAGACUUUCCCUCACUCCAAACAAGUUGGGAAUUACCUAGUAGGCAAAAUGAUCAACAAGGGCUCCUUUGCCACGGUGAUGGAGGGGCUGCACAUCCCCACGGGGGAGAAGGUAGCCAUAAAAGUCAUUGACAAGAGAAAAGCCAAGCAGGAUUCCUACAUUUUAAAAAAUAUGAAGCGUGAGCCACGGAUACACCAGAUGAUUAAGCACCCCAAUGUUGUUCGGCUAUAUGAGACCUUGGAGACUGACAACUCCUAUUACAUGGUGAUGGAGCUGUGCCUUGGCGGGGACCUCCUGGAUAGAAUUUGUGACAAAAAGAGGCUGGCUGAAAGGGAAGUAAGGAGAUACACCAGGCAAAUUCUGUCUGCAGUAGACCACCUGCAUUGCCAGGGGAUUGUUCACAGGGACCUAAAAAUUGAAAAUUUUCUUCUUGAUGAGAACAACAACAUCAAAAUCGUUGAUUUCGGACUGAGCAAUACUGCAAAUUUUGAGGGUCUCUCUCAGGAGUUGUUACAUACCCAGUGUGGAAGCCCAGCUUAUGCUGCCCCAGAACUCCUUGCUCACAGGAAAUAUGGUCCAAAGGUGGAUGUCUGGUCCAUAGGUGUAAGCAUGUUUGCUAUGCUAACCGGCACAUUACCCUUCACGGUGGAACCCUUUAAUAUCAAGCAACUACAUCAAAAGAUGUUAAUUGGAGAAAUCAGCCCUAUUCCAUCAGAUAUCUCCCCUGGAGCUGUACACUUCAUGCAGUCCUUACUUGAGCCUGACCCUGCUAAGAGGCCUGGAGUCAGAGAAGCAAUAAAAGACAAAUGGUUGAACGAAGGCUUCACCAGGAAAAUACUGAAUCCUGCUACCUAUAAGAACAGACUUUGCCCCAGUGAAUUGAAUCCUGUUGUUUUAAACUACAUGACAGAAAUGAUGGAGUUCAGUCUUUCAGAAGUUAUCAACAUUUUAAUACAUAACAGACCCUCUCCUGCCAUGGCUUCUUAUUGCUUAUUGCUGAAGAAACUGCUCAGGUACCAGAAAGACCACAAAAGACUCCAGAAGGAAAAUGAAGUAGAAAAACAUGAUAUGAAUCCUGAUAAACAUCUGAGUAAGGAGUCAGAAAUUCAGAUUUCCCAGAAGGCUGAAAUGGACACUCUGGAAAGCCUCAGGAAUUAUGGCAAUAGGGCAUUUCCUUCUGUACUAACCCUGGCAGUACCAGAUGCUAUUCAAGAAGAUGAGAUCACAAUUACACUGGAAAACCAAGAAAACUUCCCAGAAGUUUCCAAGUUUGCAGGCAGAGAGUUGGUCCGCCUUGGACCCCCCAAAUCAUCAAGCAAAAGUAUGCCAUGUGAGCCCAUGUAUCAGCCACUUUUGGACUUUCUGGAGAAUCUGAAUGAUUUUGAAGACUUGACUGAAGCCGGAAAACCAUCUCUUCAUGAGAAAUCGCCAUCCACACCAGCAAAUAACCAACCUCCCUCUUCAAAUGUCCAAGCAAUGACAUGUACGAGCAAAGCGCCUCCCCGGUCCCUAAUAGAAAACAGAAUUAUUACCAGGAGUCCUUUGCCUCAUCAGGACAUGAGGUUUAAAGACCUUCUGAAGGCAGUAGAUGACAAUAUUUACAUCCCAACAUGGUGGCACCUUGACAAAGAGGGCACUGGUCUCCUCAUGAUUGACUCCCCCCAGCUGUCACCUUUCCCCAGGCUGCGACAAGCUGCCCUGAGAGAAACCCCAGCUAGGAAGAUUUCCUGGCUGGGGGCAUCACAGCAACAUACAAAUAUCUGCCCUCUGGUUUCAGUCAAUGGUUCAAAACCACCCGCCUUCCCCAUGUCCCAACAGCAAAUGUUUACCAUAAGAAAUUUGAACUUGAUUGACUCCAACAGGGGCGAGAAUACAAUGGGAGUCUUCAUAUUUGCCGCUCUGUAA